UCUCCUCCAAUCGCGAUAAAAAAGAGCUGGCGGCUCUGCGUUUUAUAUUUUUUCAGAACACAAAUCAGCGAGUUGGUUGGACGACACCUCCCGCCUCUUGUGACCGUCGGGGCUGGAUCGUGUGUGAUGCUGAAGUUACUAUUUUGGGUUGAUAGCGAAGCUGUAUCAGCUUCAGUGGAGCUUUGCGCAAGGCUCGCGCUGCGCACUGGUUCUUGCUGAAACGUCGAGCGUCUCGGAGAGAAAACGUGACAACUAUACAUGCACGCUCUGAUUUAUAUACUGACGCUUCGCUAUCGCGCAUUUUGACGUCCGAAAAGCACAGAACUCCUAUCUCUUAAGAGAGGUGACUAGCCUACCAGCCAUCUUGUCACACUCAUCUUUCUGACUUAAUCCAGUUCAGCCAUGCCUAAGAGCAGUAAAGUGACACAGCGUGAGCACAGCAAUGAGCAUGUCACAGAGUCUGUGGCUGACCUGCUGGCCCUGGAGGCCCCUAUGGACUAUAAGAGUAGCCAGAUGAGCAUGAACAUGACUGGAGGAGUUGCAGCACCAAAGCCUGACAUCUCUCCAGACCUGGAGGAUGGCCGGCCAGCGUGGAACAGCAAGUUGGAGUACAUUCUGGCCCAGGUGGGCUUCUCAGUAGGGCUGGGCAAUGUCUGGCGCUUUCCGUACUUGUGCCAGAAGAAUGGAGGAGGUGCCUACCUUGUCCCCUACUUCAUCCUCCUCAUCCUCAUUGGCAUCCCACUUUUCUUCCUCGAAUUGGCAGUGGGUCAGAGGAUCCGCAGGGGAAGCAUUGGAGUUUGGAACUAUGUUUACCCUCGACUGGGUGGCAUUGGUGUGUCCAGCCUAAUGGUGUGUGGCUUUGUGGGUCUGUACUACAAUGUGAUCAUUGGCUGGAGCAUAUUCUACUUCUUCCAGUCUUUCCAGUUCCCUCUGCCCUGGGCUGAAUGUCCUAUCCGAAGGAAUGGAAGCCAAGCCAUUGUAGAGCCAGAGUGUGAGAAAAGCUCCGCCACCACAUACUUUUGGUAUCGCGAGACACUAAACAUAACCAGCACUAUUGCGGACAGUGGAGGGCUGAACUGGAAGAUGACUCUGUCCCUGCUAGGUGCGUGGGUCAUUGUCUGCAUGGCCGUCAUCAAGGGUAUCCAGUCCUCUGGAAAGGUGAUGUACUUCAGCUCAUUGUUCCCAUAUGUGGUGCUCUUCUGCUUCCUGGUACGUGGAUUGUUUCUUAAGGGGGCUGUAGAUGGCAUUGCCCACAUGUUCACACCAAAGCUGGAGAUCAUGCUGGAGCCACAGGUAUGGCGCGAGGCUGCAACACAGGUCUUCUUCGCUUUGGGUCUGGGUUUCGGUGGAGUCAUUGCUUUCUCCAGCUACAACAAGAGAGACAACAACUGCCAUUUUGAUGCUGUCCUGGUAUCUUUCAUCAACUUCCUCACCUCCAUCCUGGCCACGCUCGUGGUGUUUGCUGUACUUGGUUUCAAGGCCAACAUCUUAAACGAAAAAUGUGUGGUGGAGAAUGCUGAGAAGAUUUUGGGCUACUUGAACUCCAAUGUGUUGAGUCAUGAUCUGAUCCCUCCUCAUGUUAACUUCUCCCACCUCACCUCAUCAGACUAUGCUGAGAUGUAUGAAGUGAUUAAAAUUGUGAAGGAGGACAGUUUUGCUCAGCUGGGCCUAGAGCAGUGUCUACUGGAGAAUGAACUCAAUAAAGCUGUUCAAGGCACUGGUUUGGCCUUCAUUGCUUUUACGGAGGCCAUGACACACUUCCCAGCAUCUCCAUUUUGGUCAGUGAUGUUCUUUUUCAUGCUGAUCAACCUGGGUCUGGGAAGCAUGAUUGGCACCAUGACUGGCAUCACUACUCCCAUCCUUGACACCUUCAAAAUCCGCAAAGAGAUCCUGACUGUGGUUUGCUGUAUCAUUGCUUUUUUUUGCGGCCUGUUAUUCGUCCAACGGUCUGGAAAUUAUUUCGUCACCAUGUUCGAUGACUACUCUGCUGGUCUUCCUCUCACAAUUGUUGUCAUCUUGGAAAAUAUAUCUGUGGCCUGGAUUUAUGGCACCAAAAGGUUUGUGCAGGACCUAGAAGAUAUGCUGGGUUUCAAACCAUACAGAUUCUACUUUUAUCUGUGGAAGUAUGUGUCUCCAGCCUGCCUCAUUGUUCUUAUUACUGCUAGCGUUAUUGAGAUGACCAUCAGUCCACCUGGAUACAAUGCAUGGGUUCAGGAUGAGGCAGUAGAGCGCUUCCAGAGCUACCCUCCGUGGGCUCUGGCCAUGUGUUUUGCGCUCAUCAUCGUUGCCAUGCUUCCUCUGCCACUGGUCUUCAUCGCACGCCACUUUAACUGGAUUCCUGAUGGCUCCAACAAACUGUCUGUCUCCUACCGCAAGAGUCUGACGAAGGACACCUCCAACCUGGAGGAUGAGACACGUUUUAUUCUGGGUAAAAACACCAGCGAGACACCCUCUCCCAUGCCCAGCCACCGGGCGUACCUCGGCCCGGGCAGCACGUCGCCUGUCGAGCUUAUCACCAACUCCACAUCCAUCAGCGGUUAUGGCAGCGGCUACCAGACCAACCCCAAGCCACCUAAAUCUGAGUCCUGAGCUGCUCCCUGCUCCGAAAGCACCACCCACCAAAGACUGAUAAAGAAGAAGGAAAAGGGUGUAAGAAGUUACAGCAUUUAUCAUAAUUUAAUUGAAGCCAUACAGGGAGAGAGGGAUGAUGUGUGUGAGUGUGUGUGGGGGGUGAUCAAUGAAUAAUGGGGGACUGAAAAAAAAGAAAGAAAGAAAAGAGCCACAGAAGGACCUUCUCCAUAUCUAGCCCUAAUUAGCAGAUGGUGAGUUGCAGUUAGUACCUUCUCUUUCCUACCUACACAUUUGGACCAAAGGCAUUUCUACAGAUUAGGUGGUUGACAGAAAACACUGAAUCAUCCACAUAACACUUAAAAUGCCCUACUAAAUUUUACAUGUACUGUAGAAUUAUAGAAGCAGGAAUGUAGAUUCAUUUUUAAAAAGAUUUAAGCCGUACACUAAACCCUCCAUAACAAGAAACUUUGGGUCCUGUAAAGCGUAUGGUGAGGGAUAAAGCACACAGGCUAUUCAGUAUGUUUCUUUCUGUUGGAACUCUUGUUCAUGCCUAUGUUGAGGUGUGAAAUCUGCUAAGGAGUGAGAUCCACUGAUCCCAUUUUUUCCCAAUACAAUAUAAAUAUCACAAUUCUGAAUAAUGGAUACUGGAAACUGAUUUAAAACUUCUUUCCACCAAUAGUUGCAAAUGGCUUGCUCUGAAAACCCCAAGACUCUCAGAACAGACUGGAAAUAAUAUUGCUUUUGAUAAUGUGAAGAAACUGUCUGUCUACUUUAAGCACAUUCAUAUAAUAUAUUUAAAAAACCUCUCUGUCCCCUGACAAUCACAGCAAAACUAGCCAAUUGUGGACAUCUGUGAAGUCAUGUAUGCGGAACAGGGUAGACUGUGCUUUUCUUCCCAUUUUAAUGGUUCAGAUCAGAUUUGAUCAGAUGCUUUUUUAUUUAUUUCCAGAUACUGGUUUUCAGGCUAAUUUUACUUCAAUACAAAAGGUACAUCCCAAAUCUCAUAUUGAUACACUAUUCCAUGGCAGUUUGUAGUAUAAGUAGUGUGGACUGGUGUGCUCAGACUGAAAAUUGCAACAAAAGCAAUACUCAGAUGAUGCACUUUUUCAACAGAAAAAAAGGGAAUGUUGGACAUUUCAUGCACUAAUUGCUCGCAGCUCUAGUUUACACAGUAGAAAAGGGGCAGGGCUACCAGGUGCUGACACUGGAUGAGAAAAAAUCAGUUUGGCUGACACACCAGUGGACAAGACGUCUUACAAAUGUGUUUUAAAUUAGCCCAUGUUGCGUGAUUUAUUGGUGAACAAUUUAGAAAUUCUGUAUUCUGCUAAUUCGCCGUUUUCUGUUAGCAGCAUAGCAUUACGUCGACUAGACAAGAGCUUAUACUAAAAUACAUUAGUGUUCCAUUUGAGAUUGAGACAUACUACCCUACUAAAAUUCAGUAGAGUACAUAGUGCAUAGUGUAAGUGCAUAGUGUAUAGUACAUCAUUUGGGAUGCAGCUAAAGUCUUAAUGGUCCAUUUGUGCAGUGUUUUGUGAGGAACAGUUUCAUUUAGAAGUUUCUUUUGACUGAGGAAAGCACAUAAAACCUGGCUGAGUAGUACAACAGAGAGAAAUGUACUGUAUACAUAAUGUUGAUGUUAUCCAUAGUAUUUACUGCAACUCUUGUCCUGUGUAAGUGUUUAUGUCCAUAGAUCACUAGACCCAACACAAACUACCACAAUCUCAUGCAGUACUGACCAAAUGUUUCCACUCGGGGGCACUAUAUACACCAAAACCCCUACAAUGCAUCUUAUUUUAUUGCAGUAUCUUUCACACACACACACACGCAAACACACACAGUAUCAACAACAGCAUGCCUUUGUGGCUGUAAAAUAUUUUGCCACACUUUUGCCAGAUUUAGGUACAACUAGUUUUAGUAAUCAGAUGACUGCCAGAUGUGCAAUGAAUGAUCAGCACAAAAAAAAUAAAUAAGAAGCACAUUUAACGUGUUGGGUUGCAAUAAUAUUAAAGCAUCAUCAAGCACAGCAGUUUAUGUACAUACAAGGUCUAUAGCAUACAAGAUCUUAUAUUAGUAUCAAAAUAGCAGAUGAUGAAAAAAACUGCAUUUAAUAGAAAAAUAUUAACACUAAUAAUGGUCUUGAGUAAACUUCGAUAGGUUUGUGUACCUGUUCUGUUAAUGACCAGUGCUCAGUUUCCAGUAAGAACUGCAGCACAAGGGUCAAUGUUAAAUGGUAGAGUGAGCCUCAUAUUCUCUUUCUCUCUCUCUUGCGCUCUCCUUCUACCAGUUAACAAGAUUUUGACUAAACUUUGGGAAACUGUACACCAGUCAGUCUAAUUAGCUUAGGUAUUCAGACUGUCACUUUUUACGGAUAGAAUUUCUAGCACAAACAGACAGUUAUUAGCUUUAUUUUUUACAAUGACAUUCAUGGAGUUUCUGUAGUUUUAUUGCUUAGCCCUUUAUGAAAAGAUGUAAUGGAUGUAAUUAUUCAAGGUCCAUAAGAAUAGUUUCCGCUUCUGCAAAUGGUUAACUGGUUUAAAGUCUAUAGAUGUUAUGUAUGCCAAAAUGAUGUAGUAUAGCAAUCAUUUUACACAACUUGCACUGUAUUUUAAAGGUUACUGCCUAAGCAGCCUGCACAGGUCUACAUAUGAACACCUCACAAAUAGACAAAGAGUGUUGGAUUGGCUUUUGAAAAAAAAAAGCGUUCUAGAUGUUGAAAAUUGUUUUUGUUUUUUUUAUAUUGUUUAAUGUAUUCAUGAACUGAAUAUAUGACAGAUUGGAUGUAUAUGGUAGACAUCAACUUCCUUGGAAAGGUCAUAGUCUGCUGGUCUUUACGCUUUCCCCUAAGCACAUCUACACUUGACACAAUACACCAGUUCUGCAUCUUGGCAAAUAAUGCAGCAGAGCAUUUGAUUACUUGGCAGCUCUGUGUUUGCUCCUCCUGCAACUGCCAUGAUGACUCGUGGUGUAAAAAUAGACCUGAGCAGCAUGCUUCACUGUGGUGUUUCCCCAGGGAGCCCAUGUCCCAGACAGCAUGCUAACGAAUUCUCAUCGGGUGAGGUGGAGGGUGGAAGGCCCACAAUUCCCAGCAUGAACAUGCUGUUCCUACACAAGUCUUAUGGAUCCCCUGGCAACAAACCCUCGACCCUCAACAGAGAACAAACAAGCAGAGGACUUCCAUGGUCCCCAAGUUCCUAAGUGAGAGAAAAAAAUUAAUAACAUGUAAUUCACUAGAUUCCUUUACUUAGUCCACUCCUGAAAUUAUCCAAAUUUCAGUAUGAUUCAAGUUUGUCUCUGCUGUACAGAUUACUUGAUAAUGCUAGACAUUUUAAACAUUUCCUUGGCUGAAUACUGACAAUAAUCCAAGGAAGAAGGAUUUGUUCAGUUAGGUCCAGCGAUAUUGUUGUUCACGUUCCGUGUGUAAUAGCACAUUGUUACCACAACGUGUCCUCAUAUACUGAUGAAAGACCAUUUGAAGGCGUGUCUCUCUGCCUCUGAGCCACUGUCUCCUUUUUCACCUCCACAGCAUCUCAGAAAUGUCAUCCCCAUUUUUCCUGACCCUGCUAAGUACAGCUGCAUGACAGUGCCUAUGAUCAUUCCUGUAACACCCUCCUGAUCUUUAGUUUGUUUUUGCACAUUUUGCUGGCUUGUAUGAGACCAGUGUACUUUAUUUCUCCUAUAGAUGAGACCCCAAACUUGCAUCUUCUAGGAAGAACCUGACAAGGGGAAGGCUUAAAAACACACAGUAGCAUAGCUGAUUAAUAAGGAUGGACCAAGCAUUACAGCUCCCUAUUUAUAUUUCCAUCAAAUUUGUCAUCAAAUAUUUGCAAUUCUGUGACAAAUGAGAGCUGCACAAACAGCUAGGACAAAGACUGCAAAUCACACACACACUCACACACAGACUCAAAAGGCUGUAAAGAAAAGCCACAUUCUCAUAUGUACCAAGCACAUUAUUUAUAUGAUUUAUAUAAAUGGCACUAGUACACAUUUUUCCAGUGGCACAUUAUAUAAUGUACAAAACAGCUUUUCAGUCAGGGUUACAAUUUUUAGGACAAUCUAGAACUGCACACACAAAAAAACAGCUGUAUAUUUAUUCAGUUGGAAUUUUCCUGAAACUAUCAAAGUAAUUACAACUCACCAUUCAAUCCCACCAGUAGGACAGGCAAGUCCUAUUGUAGCUAACUUAUUUUCUUAGAAGGCAUUUUUAUUUCAGUGGUGCUGGAGGCCAUGGUAUUUGUGAGCAAGCUAUUAUUAUGUAUAUGUUUGUAAAUUGUGAUUCUCAAUAUAAUUACUGUAAAUAUCAGUGUACAUUUUGUUAAAUGACUGUGAGGAGUAUAUACUGUAUGACUAUACAAACAAGUUGUAUUCAUGUAUUAUUGAGUAUCUAUGAUGUACAUUGUAAACUUAGAAUAUCUAUUUUGUACAUGUCUCUACAUGUGUAUGUAUUGUGUAAUGGAUGUGUCUGAUGUGUCGAUAUGUGUGUUGAAAAAGGCAGAGUGUGCUUUGUUUGUUUGAUUGUAUUUUUUUUAAUUGAUGAUGUGAGUAGCAUUACUUUCACUGGUUCUUUCCUGUGAAACAGGCUCAGGACCAUGCUAUUAUGUGUUCUCUGGACUUCUCUGUGUUACGUAGAGCGUUCGUUCACUUUAAAAGGUUUCAUUGGUAAUGUUUGUUUAGUUAUUGAUGUUAACAUAUGAUUUAAUGUCGUUUGGACAUUCUGCACUCGAUUCGGUGUGCUCUAUUCAAUAUUAUCAUUUGCUGCUGCCAUUUUGUGAAAACGAAAGAACCUCUUGCACUUCUUAGUUUACUCUCAUUUUUAUUGAAAAUUUUAAAAAAUAAUAUUUCUAAGCAUCUAGCUAAACCAGCACAAUUUAUGUGUUGAAAUAUAAAAGAGGAGAACAAAUAUAAAUAUGGAUACACACUCUGGAAGUGUGUGUUUUAUCAGUAAGGAUAUUUAUUGUGAAUGUAAAUGUAUUCUGAUCAUGUUAAGUAACGCAAUAUUAUUUUUGAAAUUAUUUACAGAAAAACACAAUCAUGCCUUUUCAUGAGUUGUUUUUGUUUUUAUCUUGAAAAUGAUGUAAAGUCUCUAUGUUUGUGCUGUACUAGUUUUAGGUGCAAAAAGCAAUAUUUCUGCAGGUACUUCAGCAAAUGUGGACCAUAGAUAGACGGUGGGAGAGAAGUUUGAGGUAAUAGCACAGUUGUGGGGGUUGUUGUGACCAGCACUGCCUGUGUUGUUGAUGGUGUAGCUCUUUCACGAGAUGAAAAAUUGCCAUAAUGCAGUACAUUAGGAUGUUUUCACUUGAUAUGACACCACCCCACACCCUGUUUAUUAGGGUGAAAAGAACAAUAAUAUGCUAGCCACACUCUUAGCUGUACCAAGGACUCUUAUGAUGUCAGUGUCAUUGAUAUUGUACAGUAUUUCUGAUACACUUGGGAAGAAAAUGAGCUAUAUGACUACUGUAUAUGGUAUAUCACAAAAAUCAUCAAUAAAGAGUUUAUUCUCA